AUGGUGGUGGUGAUGGUGGGGGUGGCCGUGGUGGUUGUCGUUGUCGUUGGGGUGUUAGUGGUUGUAGUUAUCGUGGCGGCGGCGGUUGUGGUGGUGAUAGUGGUUUUAGUGGUGGUGGGGGUGGUGCUGGUGGUGGCGGCAGCGGUAAUGGUGGUGGUGAUUGUGGGGGUGGUGGUGGUAGUGGUGGCAGCGACGACAGCGGUUGGUGGCGGCGGCGGUGCCAGUGGUUGUGUUGGUGCUUGCGGCGGCGGUGGUGGUGGUGGUGGUGAUGGUGUUGGUGGUGGUGGUGCUAGUGGUGGGGCGAGGGCGGCAGCGACAGUGAUGGUGGUGGUUGUGGUGUUUGUAGUUGCGGUGGUUGCGGUAGUGGUGGUGGUCGUGGUCGUGGUCGUGGUUGUGGCAAUGGUUGUGGUUGUUAUGGUGGUGGUGGUGGUGGCGGUGGUAGUGGCGGCUGCACCGGUGGUGGUGUUGGUGGUGGUGGUGGUUGCGGUGGUGGUGAUGGUGGCGACGGUGGUUGUGAUGGUGGUGGUGGUGGUGGGUUUUGGUGGUGGUGGUGGUGGCGGCGGCGGUGGCAGUGGUGGUGGCGGCGAUAGUAGUGGUGGUGGUUGUGGUGGUGGCGGAGGUGGUUAUGGUUGUGGUGGUGGUGGUGGUGGUGGUUUUAAUCGUGGUAGUGAUAUUUGUUAUGGUGAUGGUUGUAGUGGUGGUGGUGGUGGCGAUGGUGGUGGUGGUGGGGGGGGUGGUUGUAGGGGUGGUUGUGGUGGUGGUCAUGGUGGUGGUCGUUGUGGUGCUGUUGGUGGUGGUGGUGGCGGCGGCGGUGGUGCUGGUGGUGAUGGUGGCGGUAGUGGUAGCGGCGACGGUGGCGGUGGUGGUGGUUGUGGGGGUGAUGGCGACCACAGUAGCGGCGACGGUGAUGGUGGUGCUGGUUGUGGUGGUGGUGGUAGCGGUGGUGGUGCUAGGGGCGGUGGCAGUGUUGGUGGUGGUGGUGUUGGUUGUGGUGGUGGCUGUGAUUCUAGUGGAGGUGAUGGUGGUGAUGCUGGUGGUGGUGGUGGUGGCUGUGGAGGUGGUUGUGGUGAUAGCGAUGGUGGUGACGGUAAUGGUGGCGACAGUGGUGGUGACAGCGGUGGUGGUGACGGCGGUGGUGGUGAUGGUGCUGGUGGGUGUGGUGGUGGCAGUCGUCGUUGUGUUAGUGGUGGUGGUGGUGUUGGUGGCGGCGGCGGCGGUGGUGGUUGUCGUGGUGGUGCUGGUGGUAGUGGUAGUGGUGUUAGUGGUGGUGGUGUUGGUGGUGGCGGCGGCAGCGGAGGUGGGGGUGGUUGUUGUGGUGGUGGUGAUGGUGGUGGCGAUGGUGGUGGUGACGACGGCGGCGGCGGCGGUGGUGGCCGAUGCGGUGGCUACGAUAGUGAUGGUGGUGGUGGUUUUGGACGUUGUGGUGGUGGUGGCGGCAUGGGUGCCAGUGGUUGUGGUAGUGGUGGCGGCGGUGAUGGGUCAUCGCAACCCAUACAAAUUUAA